GCCUUGUGAGGCGGAGCGGGAUUCAAGUUGAUAGGAGCGAACGGGGCCUGAGUGUUCUCUCGUUCAUCUUCAUCGUCGUGUGGCUAUCUAUAUCUUAAAAACCACUUGUCAUCCUUUGGUUAUAAAUCCUGGCAACUCGCAUCACGACUCUCCUUGAAAGGUCAUUAUGCGCUUGCUGUUGACGUGUACCCCCUAGAGCAUUAUUUACAGACAAGUUCUCAAGCUAGAGAGGCGUUUUUCGGAGGCUGUACCUGAGUCUACUUGGUAUAACCAAAAUUUCUGUGAUAUCUUCCCAGUGAAACUGAGCCAUGCGGGAAUUCGAUCCGUUGGUCUCUCAAUUCGAGCAUCUUAAACACAAACCACGUGAGGCUGAGGCCUUGAUGACUCUGCGGAAAAUUGCUUCGCUCGUCAAGCCAAUAAUGCGCCAGCGUGGAUGGAGAGUCGGAACUCUUGCUGAAUUUUACCCAGAGCGGAAUCUGCUUGGUAUAAAUAUAAAUCACGGCGAGAAAAUAUGCCUCAGACUGAGGUACCCGUCAGAUGAUAAGCAAUUUCUUCCCCUUGACCAAGUUCUCGAUACUAUGCUACAUGAGUUAUGCCACAUUGUUCACGGGCCCCACGACCAGCAGUUCCAUGCCCUAUGGAACCAACUUCGUGAUGAACAGAUGCAACUCUCUCUAAAAGGUUAUACCGGGGAAGGUUUCUUGUCCGAAGGGAAGCGACUCGGUGGCCAAAGGAUACCCCUGCACGAAGCUCGCCGUAUUGCCCGGGUUGCAGCUGAGAAACGACGGACCCUCACAGCGGGUUCUGGGAGAAAAGUCGGAGGUACUCCUAUUUUGCGAGGCACAGAUAUGCGACAAGUGAUUGCAGAUGCAGCCCAAAGACGAAUAACAGUCACCAAUGGGUGUGCUAGCGGAACCAUUGAAGGGGAAAAAUUGGCGGACGAGGCAUCUAAAAAUGGCUUCAGAACAAAAGCAGAGGAAGAAGAUGCGAAUGAACGAGCUAUUAUACAGGCGUACAUUGAACUUAUACAAGAGGAAGAAAAAGAGCAAUAUGGAAACUCCUAUAUUCCUCCAAACAACAGCCAUCCUGCUGGACCCAACACUUCUCUUUCUCCUCCUCCCAUCCCCCGAGAUACCAAACCUAACACUGCUGUUCCACAGCAGCAAAAUCCAACUACUAACCCCUUCAUUGAUCUGGCCGAAGACAGCGUCGCUGACCCAGAGGGUUGGACUUGCCCAGUGUGCACACUUAUGAAUCCAGCAUCCUUCCUCUGCUGUGACGCGUGCACGUCAGAAAGACCACCAUCAGUUAAGCCUUCAGUAACGCCUGAGAAGUUCGUGAAACGAGCCCGUAGUGAACCACAGCCUUCCCCUGGUAGCAUAGCCCGGAAACCGCGAAACAGAGCUAUACAGGCGCUUCUCUCGCUAGAAAAGAAAAUUCCGGAAAAGCCCCUUGGUUGGGUUUGCCAUUCCUGUGGCGCUUUCAUGGAAACACAAUGGUGGACUUGUUCUGCGUGUGGGAAGAUGAAGCAAUCAUCAUAGUGGCCGACUCUGAUGUGGGGUUACGAUAAUGGUUUAUGAAUUAUGGAUCUCAUUUUGAAAUGAACUUUUUUUGCUUUAGCAAGUUCAGCAUGGCGUACAUGCAUAGAGCUUCAUCUUUUGGUUGGAUAUUGGCAUUUACCUUUUUUGUUGUAUAUAUAUCUUCUCAUUAAUAAUUUAGGGUCGAUUCUCCUUUUUACUUUCGGUUUUUAUAUUUAUUUAUUUCGGGAGAAACUUGACGUAUUGUCGUCCAUCCGACCUGCCAUUUGAAUCCUACGGCAUCCACAUAUUUGUCACGUGAUUUUGGAAUAAAACCGUACCAAAUUUUUGCGAAGAACUUUGAACCUUCUCCAAUUUCAAACUUCUUCCUCCAUGCUCGCACUCAACAAUUGUGGAAGAGUUUUCCCACACAAACGGCACAGUACUCCACCUAAGGCACAUCUGUUGCUAUCAGUGCUAAUAUGAUUCAGGAACCCACUCUCCUUCCAGCGGACGUACUUUGCUGAGCGACUGUGGAAAUCACAGUACUGCUUAUAUAGAGUGUGAUUAUGGGGCUACUCCUACAAGUGCUGUUGGCGUAAUCCCGCCGAAUCUCCAUCGAUGGGUUGUCCGUAAUUCGUGAAUCCAGUCUGAUUAUGUGGGAAGGCUGCUAGUUACGGUUGAAAUCACCAGAAUGAUGAGAUAAACUUAUUCCGUACAAGAACCUUCCUUGCGUUAAUUGAAAUCUAUUUAAACAAAAUUCCUUUCAAAGAAAGCCUUUUUUAAAAAAUUACUUCCCAAGAGACAAACAAGCCCCUUUCCAACUCCCAAAAUAUGUAGCCUGUGAAUAAGACAUUUGAAAGUCAAUAGAGCAGAACGAACUCAUGCGAAUUCUACCCCUUAUGAAACAUUGACGAAAUACCGCUUUUUGCUCCCUUUUUCCUGCUGCUCUUCCCUCUCCCACAGCUCCUCAUCAAUGUAAUCCGAACGGCCACGUUCCCGGACCUGGUUGCCUAUGAAUUUGAGUGCUGCAAUAUUGAACCCCAUUUCAUCUUUCUGUCUGGCAAGGACACGUCGUAGGUUGCCUCGAAUACCAUCGAGCAUCGGUCUCAUCAUCUUGCUCGCCACAAUCUGGCGAUGAUGCGUUUUGAGCAUGAAAAAUAGGACGCGACAGGUCAGCGGGAUUUCCCAUCCGUUCUUUGCCCAGAUAUUCAGAAAUGUGAAGAGGGCCGGUAAUUUUGAAAAGGGAAGAACCAGGAGGGCAUCUUGGAGUGCUGCUGCUGGAAUUUUUCGUAUGACUUGCAGGACAUGACGUUCUGCGGCAAUGUUACCCAGGGCUAGAUAGACGGGAUUGCGCGAUGGCGGUGCUGCAUUGGGAUUGGAUAAUUUCAACUCCUUCCACUCUCUCAUAAGCGCCAGGUCCUCAAUGCCGAGAUCGAGAGCCUCUACAAUCUUCUCACCGGCCAUGAGGGUUGUAACGGUCUGUUUGCCAGCAGCCACUGCCUCUGCUUUGUCCUGCCCUUCAGCAUCCUCGUCCUGAUCAAGCGAGGUUGCUAAAGUGCUGUCGUAGAGCUCUUCGAGUUCCUUCUCUCGUUCUUCUUCCAAGAAUAUUUGCUCAUCAGUUUGCUCCCAUACUCUGAUACUUUUAUCGUGGCUUGCACUGACGAUGAAUUCUCCAGAAUGGCUGACAGCAAGCGACCAUAUCUCGCCAUGGUGCCCUUCGAGUUUUUGAAUUUGUUCGAAUUUAUCACCAUCCCAAUACUUUAUCACCCGAUCUUUGCUGGCACUGAAGAAGUGAUGACCGUUGCCCUCAUUAUUAUUCGGUAUGAAAGCUACUGCCAUGAUACUGUCUUGAUGAGCGAAGAACGCCUUGUGACAAUCACCGAAAUCCAGGCCCCAUAGCCGAACGUUCUUGUCCGCAGAGCAGGUGACGAUUAAUUUGCUGUCGUAUGAGAUAUCCAUGUUAAGGACAGGAAGCUUGUGGCCAUAUAAGAUCAAGAAUAGUUUCAAAGUGUCAACGAAGAACACUUUGACGGUAUUAUCCAACAGUGCUACAGCGAUGAGUCGCGCAUCGGGAGAGAAGCGAAUACUUAGGAUAUCGUCGUUCACUUUAAGUGUCCUCGUAUGAACUAAUUUAAGGCGAGGAGUCGUCCGUUUCGUACCUAGAAUCUCUUCUUGUACGACCUUGAAAUCCCAGAACUUAGCUGUCUUAUCAGCACUUCCCGUAACCAUAGAUUUCCCAUCAGGAUGAACGUGUAGCGCCCAUAUGGGGCCUUCGUGCGCUUGUACUGUAUCCAGCAAGGUAGAUGAGGCAAUGUCAAAGACUUCUAGCUCCCCAUUCUUAUUCCCCACUACCACGAUUUUGUCUCCAGGUAGGAAGGCGGAGCAUAAUGAGUAACCACAUUCCAAAGUUCGUAAGCAGGUCUGGGUUCGCACAUUCCAGAUCUUCAAACUACCAUUCGAGGCGGAUGAAAGCAUCCUAUCAUCAGAGCUCAGGGCAAGCGAUCGAAUGUCCGUGCGGUGACCUGGCAUAUCAAUCGAUAAUGCGCGGUUAUAUUCUGACUCCUCGCUCUCUUUCGAUUUUCGCUUCUCCGCAGGGAUCACACCGUACACUUCCAGUUGAUUGUUGGUUGUUGCCGCAAGUAAUCUGAGGCCUUUCCCACCCAUCCAGUCCCCUGAACGAAUUUUUCCACCUGUUCUGACGAUAGUAUACGACACAAAAACGUCAGAUAUUGGGGCGGCCGAGAUAGACUGUGGUUUAUCAGCAUCUGCAGCAUUUUCUAGCUCAUUUCCAGCGCCUUGUUCACCAGCUUUUUCUCGCCUCCGUCUCCGUUUUCUUGCUAGGCUCUUUUGUACUUCAGUCUCUGUUCGUAUCCUCCAGAUCUCGAUCGAUUUUUCAGCGCCGUGGACUGCAAUGUAAUCCAACCUCGGAUGGAAGCUGAUACCGACUGUUCGGUCUUUGCCCUGUCGAUAUAAAUUACCCCUAUCCACAAGGAUUUUGCGACCGUCUGUUGCCCCAGUCUCUUUCGCCACUUCAUUCAUCGCAGCAGCAUCGAUGGACCACACUCGAAGUUCGCCAUCGUUCCCUCCAGUUAUACAUCCACUCUGGUCGGGUGAAAGCCCCAAUGACCAACAUUCCCCGUUGCUCUGCGCGACAUGAGUUUCGAUGCAGUGCUGAGACGAAAGGUCCCAGACUUUGAUCAAGGAAUCUUUUCCAGUGGUCAAGAGGAAGCGGUC